UUCUGGAGAAGCCUUUUUCAUGCCCUAGGGAACACUGUGAUUGAAAAGAAUUAGAAUCAUAACAGUUAUGAGAAAUGAAUGGUUCAUUAGCCCAGAAAGAAAAAAAAAAAACCAACAAAAAAGCAAACAAAAAAAACCCCACAAAAUGGUUAUUUCAGCUACAAAUCUUCUCAGUGUCUUUUUCUGGAGUGUUUCAGUAGAGACUCUCCUCCUCCACACAUGUAUUGCUUUUUUAUAGAUCACUAAAAAUGUUAAAGAGAAGCAAAGGAAGAUGAAUCCUUGGCUUACCUAAACAAUCUAUAAAUUUAGAGCCUAGGACCUUGACCUACACAUUAGCUACCUAAAGCAUGGUUUACAUGGCAUCACUCAGGAUGCCUUGCAUCUGCUGCUUCUUCCUAGUGCUGAAGACUCACAAAUCUCUUAGGGGUCUUCAUUUAAUGUUUUUGGAAAUGUCAAGAGGUCUGCUUCUGUGCAUGACCACAUCUGCCUGGCCCCAGCAUCUCAAACCCUCUCAGUUUAUGACAGGUCAUGUGGAAAACGAAGACCAUCCUUCUGUUUAAUUUCUUUUGGGGGUUUCAUUUACCUUUGUUGCAGAGAAACAUGAGUUUAAAAUACACCAUUUUUUGACGAAAAUAAGCCCCCAGUAAAAGCAGAAAUUGCCGAAGUGCUGUAUGACAGCACAGGAAUUAGACUGCUCGGCUGGAAGAUGAGAACUGGAUAAUCCCCAGCGAGGAGGCUCGACUCCCUCUUGCAGAGCUGCCUCUCAGAGGGAAGAACACAUUUUGUGUGGUGCUCUUUUAGCCGCUUACCUGCUUUGAGUUUAUACAGUGACCAGCAGUGAAGGGAAAAUAUUACAUCAUGUCGGAGUUCUGGCUAAUUUCUGCCCCAGGAGACAAAACAAAUCUGCAGGCGUGGGAGAGAAUGAACACUGUGACAUCUAAAUCCAACCUGUCUAGCAACAGUAAAUUCCAUAUUCCAGAUUUAAAGGUGGGGACACUGGAUGCUCUUGUUGGUCUGUCAGAUGAGUUGGGAAAACUUGAUAGCUUUGCUGAAAGCGUAAUAAAGAAAAUAGCCCAGUACAUAGGAGAAGUUAUGGAGGACUCAAAAGAUAAAGUCCAGGAAAAUCUUCUGGCCAAUGGAGUUGACCUAAUUAGCUACUUGACACGGUUUGAGUGGGACAUGGCCAAAUAUCCCAUAAAGCAGCCGCUGAAGAAUAUAUCAGAAGCAUUAGCAAAGCAAGUGACUCAAAUAGAAGCAGACCUAAAGACCCGAUCAUCUGCGUACAACAACAUUAAAGGAAAUUUGCAAAGCCUGGAGAAGAAAACCAUGGGAAAUCUGCUGACCAGGACCCUGGCAGACAUUGUGCACAAAGAAGACUUUGUUCUGAAUUCUGAGUAUCUUAUCACGCUGCUCGUCGUGGUGCCAAAGUCAAGCUACCUACAGUGGCAGAAGACCUAUGAAUCACUCUCAGAUAUGGUAGUACCUCGCUCCACCAAAAUGAUUGCUGAGGAUGCAGAGGGAGGACUCUUCACUGUGACCCUGUUUAGAAAAGUGAUGGAUGACUUUAAGGCUAAAGCCAGGGAGAACAGGUUCAUGGUUCGAGAAUUUUAUUAUGAUGAGAAAGAACUCAAAUGUGAAAAGGAAGAGCUGAUGAAAUUAGCUUCCGACAAGAAACAACAAUAUGGCCCCUUACUGCGCUGGCUGAAGGUGAACUUCAGUGAAGCAUUUGUGGCUUGGAUUCAUGUGAAAGCCUUGAGAGUUUUUGUUGAAUCUGUCCUGAGGUAUGGCCUCCCUGUGAAUUUCCAAGCAAUGCUGCUGCAGCCAAAUAGGAAGUCUGUGAAGCGCCUGAGAGAUGUCCUGAACGUGGUCUUCAAACACCUGGAUGAAGUUGCAGCAGCAAGUAUAAUGGAUCCUGGCAUGGACAUCCCUGGGUUACAACUGAGCAAUCAAGAAUAUUAUCCUUAUGUCUAUUUCAAGAUUGAUCUCAGUGUUCUUGACUGCAGUUAAAGAAGAAUUGCUCAAACUUCAUCUAUUACUUUUCAAGACCCUCAAGUUAUCAUAAAACAUGCUGAAAGUCAAAAGGCAGAUGCUGUAGCAGGAUGUUCUUCCUAUCACUUCUAGUGAUUUUUACAGUGACUACAAUAUAAGUUAUCUCUUAUUCAUAGUUUCACAAAAACAUAUUCCAGAGGCAGAGGUACUAUGGUAGUAUUUAUUUUUUUGGUAAAUUACAAAGAUGGAGUAUCUACUGGACUUGAAAUAAAACAAUUCAAAAAGUG